AUGGCUCGCACUAAGCAAACCGCCCGCAAGUCCACUGGUGGCAAGGCCCCUCGUAAGCAGCUUGCUUCCAAGGCUGCUCGCAAGUCUGCCCCAUCAACCGGAGGUGUCAAGAAGCCUCACCGAUAUAAGCCCGGUACCGUCGCUCUUCGUGAGAUUCGUCGCUACCAGAAGUCGACUGAGCUUCUCAUCCGCAAGCUCCCCUUCCAGCGUCUGGUUCGUGAGAUUGCCCAAGACUUCAAGUCCGACCUCCGAUUCCAGUCUUCUGCUAUCGGUGCUCUUCAGGAGUCUGUUGAGUCUUACCUCGUCUCUCUCUUUGAGGACACCAACUUGUGUGCCAUCCACGCCAAGCGUGUCACCAUCCAGUCGAAGGACAUUCAGCUUGCCCGUCGCCUCCGUGGCGAGCGCAACUAA